AUGGAUGGGGACGAGUUGAUCGCCUCGGUCUUCCGCAAGAUCGAGCGGGAGAAGGCCCUCAUCACCGCUGCCAGUAACAUGCGGCAGUCGACCGACAAUCCCCUCGUGCAACAGAGAGUCGACGCCAACAUUCGCGAUGGCCGCAAGAAUAUCGCUUACCUGGAGGAGAAAAUGAGAGAAUUGCAAAUCCGUCAGAUGAACCAGGAAGGCGGCUCACCUGGUCAGCGCGGAGGCCCGGCUCCCCCGCCCAAAGACCCCGGAUACGCUGGCGAGCACGGUGAUGGUCACUACCCUCAAGGUGGCUCUGGCUCGAUGCCAUCCGGUGCCCCAUACUCCGAUCCCCGACCUCAUGCUCCGAUCCCGAAGGCGAGGCCCAACUACACGAAGCUAGAUCUGAUCAAGUAUGACACUCCAUAUCUCGGACCGAAGAUUCAACUCAUGCUGUCUCAAUUGGAGUUCAAGCUGAGCGUGGAAAUGCAGUAUAAAGCCGGUAUCGAAAAGAUGGUCCGCCUGUACCAGGAUGAGGGCGACCGAAAGAGUCGAGCUGAUGCCGAGGGCCGUCGCAUUGAGAGUAACCAAAAGAUUCAGCUUUUAAAGCAGGCUCUCAAGCGAUAUGAGGAUCUUCAUGUUGAUAUUGAAUCCUCCGAUGCGCCAGACGAUGAGAGUCUUAGUAGCCCGAAUAUGCGCAAGCCGCUGACAGGUCUGCUGACAAUGCGCAUCCAUGCGGUCAAGGACGUGGACCAUGCGGCGGGCUCGCGAUUUUCGCGAGGACCAGAGACAUACAUUGUCGUCAAGGUUGAAGACACGAUCAAAGCGAGAACCAAGGCCACCCGAAACGAUAAAUGGCUGGACGAAGGCUUCUCCAUGGAUAUCGAUAAGGCAAACGAGAUCGAAUUAACUGUUUAUGACAAGUCGGGAGAUCGCCCAGUCCCAAUCGGUAUGCUGUGGGUGCGCAUCUCUGACAUCGCGGAGGAGAUGCGUCGCAAGAAAAUCGAGACGGAGCUUAAUGCAUCUGGCUGGGUAUCCGCAGAUAAGAUGGGCGAUAGCGGAUCCCCUCGACAUGACCAAGCUGGUUCUCCCAUGGGUUCUUCGCAUGGCCCUAGCUCCGGAGGACGCCCGGGCACCUCGGGGCAUGGUGGACAUGGACACCACGGUGGAGAGAGCUCAAAUGCUCCCCCGACUGUGAUGAUCGAUUCAUGGUUUGCUCUGGAACCGGUUGGCCGAGUUCAGCUUCAAAUGAGCUUCGCCAAACAAUUGAAGGACCGCCGUCCCUUUGACAUUGGUCUUAACCGUCAAGGUGCUGUGCGCCAAAAGAAGGAGGAGGUUCACGAGAAGCAAGGCCACAAGUUCGUCACCCAGCAGUUUUACAACAUUAUGCGCUGUGCACUGUGUGGAGAAUUCCUCAAGUAUGCUGCCGGCAUGCAAUGUGCGGAUUGCAAGUACACCUGCCACCGCAAGUGUUACCCCAAGGUUGUCACCAAGUGUAUCAGCAAAGCCAACUACGAGACCGAUCCGGACGAGGAGAAGAUCAACCACCGCAUUCCCCACCGAUUCGAAGGCUUUUCCAACAUCUCGGCGAACUGGUGUUGCCACUGUGGCUAUCUGCUUCCCUUUGGGCGCAAAAACGCCAAGCGCUGCUCUGAAUGUAGUCUUACGUGCCAUGCUCAAUGCACUCACCUUGUGCCCGAUUUCUGUGGAAUGACGAUGGAAGCCGCCAACCAAAUUCUAGAGACAUUGAUUCGCACCAAGCAUCACAACAAGUCUGCCUCUGUUAGUUCUGGCCUCAGCAACCGUACCCUUCGAGCAGGCGGUCCGCCCCAGCCCGCUCAAGACAACGCUGCCCUCUCCUACCCCCAGAAGCCGAUGGAAGGACCCUACGGGGCUAUUCCUAGACAACCCUCCGCAGAAGCGGUAAACGCUGCCACUAACUCAUUCAUGACUCCACAGUCACCAACAGCUACACAGGCUGCGCAGCGCCUACAGAUGCCACCGAAAUCGCCCACUGGACCUGCCGCCGCCGCCGCCGCCGCAGCCGCCGCGGCUACCGGGCUACGUAGCCCCCAGCAAGCCCCAACUGAAAUGGGCCGUCCUAUGCCGCCACCCCAGGCACCUCCGCAGCCUCAACACGCCCAUUAUGACCCAUCCGCUUAUGCAAAUUUCCCGCAUCAGCCUCCUCCCCAGGCUAUGCAGAAGGUGCAGCCUGCGGCUUACCCAAUGGCCCCGCCUCCGCAGCCCAUACAUCAGCAGAUGCCCCCGCAACAGCAAGUUGCCCCCCUGCCAAGGACGACGGUCAUGUUGGCUGAAACAAAGAGCUCCCGCAAGUUGUAUGCCAUCAAGGUACUGAAGAAGGAAUUCAUUAUCGAGAACGAUGAAGUGGAGAGCACCAAGUCCGAGAAGCGUGUUUUCCUGAUCGCAAACAAGGAACGUCACCCCUUCCUUCUCAACUUGCACGCUUGUUUCCAAACCGAAACUCGUGUUUAUUUCGUCAUGGAGUAUAUCAGUGGUGGUGAUCUCAUGUUGCACAUUCAGCGUGGCCAAUUCGGCCUCAAGAGAGCACAAUUCUAUGCCGCCGAGGUCUGCUUGGCACUCAAGUACUUCCACGAGAACGGUGUCAUCUACCGUGACUUGAAGCUCGAUAACAUUUUGCUGACCCUGGAUGGUCACAUCAAAAUUGCUGAUUAUGGUCUUUGCAAGGAGAACAUGUGGUAUGGUGGUACAACUAGCACGUUCUGUGGUACUCCUGAAUUCAUGGGCCCAGAAAUUUUGCUGGACAAGAAGUAUGGACGGGCUGUGGAUUGGUGGGCGUUCGGUGUUCUCAUCUACCAGAUGCUUUUGCAGCAGUCUCCGUUCCGUGGUGAAGAUGAGGAUGAAAUCUACGAUGCCAUUCUUGCCGAUGAGCCUCUCUACCCCAUUCACAUGCCUCGCGACUCCGUUUCGAUUCUCCAGAAGCUGUUGACUCGUGAGCCCGAGUUGCGCCUGGGCUCCGGUCCCACCGAUGCCCAAGAAGUUAUGUCUCAUGCCUUCUUCCGCAACAUCAACUGGGAUGACAUCUACCACAAGCGGGUCCCCCCGCCAUUUAUCCCCACAAUCAGCAGUCCUACCGAUACAAGCAACUUCGACCAGGAGUUCACCAGUGUGACACCAGUCCUGACGCCUGUUCCUCGCCGCCUGGGACUUUUCGCAACUUACUGCAUCCCUCGCCACGAACCAAAGACUAUCAUCAAUUCACGCCCUUCUCCUUCUCCUGCUACCCUGGUCCUGUCACGACCGGCGGUUGUAGCUUCAACCCUCGACCAUUCCAAGGAGCCGGCAAGCUCCUCAGCGCUGUACACCGUUCCUGACACGAUUGCUCAUUUUAACGAACAGGGUCAGAUGGCGGCCUCGGCCCAAAAACGAGUCUUCCUCGCCGAUGAAACAGAGCAUCAUCACCCGGAUAAGCGAGUUGAAUUUGAGCCGGAGAACUCUGCAACUCAUGGCGAGCAGCCCGAAGACACCGACGUCAGUGAGGACGAAAAUUGGGAAACGGACCCGCCGUCUUCCCCUGAAUACAAGAUUUAUAGUGCGAGUGAUGAUAGCGAUAACAGCGAUUCUUCUUCCUCGCUAUGCGUACAGCGAUCGAAGAGGGCUCCCUUGAAUCCCUCAGCCAAGAACGGCCGCCUGGUAAAGCCAAAAGCCAAAAAGGCCAGGAAGAAGAGGGGAUCUGAUUCGGAUAAGUCAAUGUCUGAGCCAAGUGACCUCGACUAUGAGAGCGAGGAAGAGUACUUUGUCCUGAGAGGAGAGCGCGAGGAUAUACUCAAGAAUAGGCUGACCCGAGAAAGGGCUAAGCGUCUACUUGAUGCUGUAGAGCUCCCUCAAGGCCAUGACCUGUCACCAGACGAACAGCGGACUGCCCACCAACUUCUUACUCGUGGCUGCAUGCCGACCAUUCACAGACACUGGGAGAAAGAUUUCUCUACCCUUCCAGAGUCGCUGUUCUUUUCUGGGGUAGAUUACAAAAUCAAACUUAACGAAUUUAACUUCGUCCUUGGAAACGAUCAGUGUUCCGAAUUUUACGCGAUUCGUGCCUUUCAAGAGCUUCUAAAGAUAUGUGGCAAUGUGAGGGACUACUGCAAUAUCCUUGAUAUCAGUCCUGAGAUCUAUAUCAAGAAAUCAAUAGAGAAAUACUUGCGUUGGGCAUUGAGCGAUGCCGGUGUCAGAGUCAAGCCGGACACAACCCCUGUGCACGUCAUCUAUUGCAAACGUGACGACGAAAUGUCAAAAGAAGCCUUUGACAAAGUUGCUACAAUAUUGAAUAAGCUAUCCGAUACCUGGCAGAGUCAACUCGCUGCACCCCAUAAUGGCGAACAAGCCUGGCCGGCAUUGAUCGCCCUCGUCAUCUGUGGACCUGUUCUUUCUGUCAUCUCUCUGGACACCAAUCCCCAUCCCCAAACCCUAACACAUGGACUCAAGUUCCUUGGUCAUUUCGAUCUUGCAGAUCUUGAUAAUGAUGUCUGGAAUACCCUAGCUGUCGCGAUCCUCAUCAUGCACAUCAAAAGGACCGUGGCCAAGCUCGCAAAGGCCUACGGUGACAAGUUUGUGACCUCGACCUUUGACCUUGCCGUAGAUUCCCUGGAUCCCGAUCGUUAA